UUUUCACUGAAGAAGAAAAAAUGUUGCUAUUUCAAUCAAAUUCAGUUCCAAAAUAUGAGAUCGUUCAUAUCAAGCAUAAUAUUAAGAAAAGAUGUUUAUAUAAAAAUUAUGCUCAAGUUUUUCUAAAAACUUUUAAUAGAAGUUUAACGUUAUAUUUAAAACCUGAAAACAGUGUUUUACUUGGUAAAAAGACAAAAGUUUGGAGUGCUGAACCAAAUUUUCUUUCACCACAGGGUGUUAAUUAUAAAGUUAUUUCGGAUUUUACGAAUAUUAAAUUUAAAACUUUGCAUGAUGUACGAAAUAAGGCAUCUGUAUCAAUGGAGGAAGACGAUAAUGGAAAUAUAAAUUUGUUUGGUCACAUCGGCGACGAUUUAGUGAUAAAACCCCUUCCACAAAGAAUGCUCGACAAUCAUAAUGCGAGAAAUAGACGAAUAAGAGAUUCUUUUUACUAUAAUUAUUCUCAAAAUAAUUUUUGGAAAAUACCAUGGAGCCAAACAACUCCUCACAUUGUUUACAAAUUGCCUCCCGUGAAAUAUAAUAAAGUUAAAUGGCCGAAGAAAUUGCAAAAAGUUUAUCAAGAAUAUAAUAAAAAUAAAUCAUCAAAUUCCAAAGUUGAUAUUGUUUAUCCAGAGAUUUUGCUAUUCGUAGAUAAUUCAUUAUUCAAUAAACUUGGUCGAAAUGUGGAGGAUGUUAAGAAAUACAUUGCAACCUAUUGGAAUGCAGUUGAUUUAAGAUUUAGACAAUUAGAAGAUCCAAUGGUCCGAUUAAAUAUUGCUGGAAUUAUUUUAUCGACGGGAAAACGAGAAGUGCCAUUUAUAAAAAAUAGUGCGAUCGAAGAAAAUGAAAUAGAUGCCGACAAAGUAUUAAAAGAAAUAGGACAUCAUUUUUUAUUAAACAAUAUCUUUGCGUAUCGUAAAGACUAUGAUUUAUUUGUAACAAUGACAAGUCGUGACAUGUGCAAUUGGGAAUCAGGAUUUAAAUAUUGUGAUACAAUGGGUUACGCAUAUGUUGCUGCUGCCUGUAAUAUACUCAAUUAUGAGAAUAAUGAUGAAGAUAUGAUAGAAGCUGUAGGAAUGGUCGAAGACAAUGGUGGAUUUAAAGGAAUCAUACCUACUGCUCAUGAAGUUGGUCACUUACUGGGAGUGAAACACGAUGUAUCUGUUGACAACAAUAAAAAUUAUUUAUGUGAAGAUGGUUAUAUUAUGCAUAAGGAACUUGCAUUUUCUGACAAUUCAUUUGACUGGUCGCCUUGCAGUUUGCUGAAUUUUACAAUUCACUUGAAUCAUCCUAAUACUACAUGUUUAAGAAACAAACCAAAUAUUGGUGAUAAAAUAGAAAAUUUUUUACCCGGAUCACAAUAUUCUCUGGAAGAUCAAUGUCAACAAUUUAGCAGGGGAUCAAUACCAUGCAAACAUGAUCUGCGUAUUAAAAAUGUUUGCAUGGGAUUAGAAUGUUAUGUAACAUCAAGUGGAGAAUGUGUAAAAGUCGCACCUGCUGCUGAAGGAUCUUCUUGUGGAUAUAAAUCAAUUUGUCUUCAUGGAAAAUGUAUAUCAUCAAUAUAUAAUAAUUAUGAGACGGUGAUGUAAAAAAUUAUUUUCACAAUGUUUUAAAUUAAAAAUUUUUGAACUUUGUUUAUUAAAAUUAGGCCCCUUGACCUAUGUCCUUGGAUUUUGAGGUUAUAUUUGAACUAAGGCCUUGAAUCCUGGAAACCUAUGCUCUAGAAUUUUGAGGUUAUGUUUGAUCUCUGACCAAUCUCUAACCUGAAUCGUGGAACCCUAUGCCCUUAAAUUUUAAAGGCGCUCCCACACCUCCGGCUGCCUGCCUGCAGGUUACCAUGGCAACGCAUGAGAGUGAGUGCGACAGAAAAUCGGAAUAUUCAAAUUUUUUGUCUCACUCACACCUGUGCGUUGCCAUGGUAACCUGCAGGCAGACAGCCAAAACGGUGUGAGUGCGCCUUAAGGUUAUGUUUGAUUCAUGACCUUGAAUUUUUGAGACCUCGGAACUUGAAAUUUGAGGUUAUGUUCGUUUCAAUACUAAUGUAGGUAGAUAUAUAGGUCAUUCCAUGUCAAGAGUAAUCAACCUAACCUAAUUCUGUCAAAAAUAUGGGUUGGGUACACUUGACAUGGAAUGACCCAUACUGGAGACAGCGGCGAUAUCUUUUUAUAAUAUAGAUAGAGAGAAAAUGACUACAAAUGUAAAAAAUAUAAUAAAUUAUUUAACAAGUAAUGAAUACUUGAAUUAUUAUUAUUCUCUUUUCGGUAAAUAACGAACAAGUGUGCGUUUUUAGCUGCAUGGCGUCAGAAAA